AUGUUCUUAAUCUAUGUUCCUAAAGUGUCAGAGAACAAGGCGGUUUCUAUUUACCAGGCCAUUUCCAUUCCCAUCUUUGAUCUUAGAUCCAGCACGACCUCAAUGGUUCUCAACCAGGAGGAUGCAAGAGCUUCUACAGAAACCUACACUUACAGCAGCCAUCCCCGAGUGGUACCCAACAGAAAGCGGUAUCAAGAACACUACAUAAACAAUGUACAUAUUUUUGAGACAUUGAUAUAUUUCCUUCUUAAUUUUAUGGAUUACAGAGAAGAGCCAAAUAACUAUGGGAACCUCAUGUAUGAUCGUAGAGUGGUUCGAGGAAACACAUAUGCUAUGCAGAUGUUACCCUGGAGUCCAGAAUCUGCACCUGCUGAAAUCAGGAAGCAACAUGAAGCUUACAAGAAAAUGUUUGAACGGAAGAAAGCAAAGGAAGAGAAUGAGAUUUCAGAACUUACAAUGGCUGAAAUCAAGAAGCGGCAAGAAGCUUACAAGAAAAUGCUUGAACGGAGGCAAGCAAAGAAAGAGGAUGAGGUCCAUGCACCACAAAUUGGGGAUCUUGAAGAUCGCAGUGAUGUGCAGACAGAAUUGUACCUGGAAGAGAUUUUAGAUCGUUUUAUUGAAGUUGAUGUGGAGUGUCAAACAGACGUUUUUAUAAAAAGGCUACCCAGCCCAGUGUUCAUCCCACAGAAGACUGGGGUUGAUGUAGCAACACAAAUUGAAGAUGGAGAGCUCUUUGACUUUGACGUUGAAGUUAAACCAAUGCUUGAGGUGUUGUUAGGGAAAACCUUGGAGCAAGCUUUGCUUGAAGUCAUGGAAGAAGAGGAUAUUAGCAAACUUCGGGAACACCAAUAUAUCUAUCAGCAAUUGCGCAAUGCAGAGUUGGCUGAAGUGCAACGCCUCGAAGAAGAAGAGUGGCGACAUAGAGAAGAGAAGGAACAUCGGAUGGCAAAGAAAUACCAAAUACAAGCAGAAGCAGAAAUGGUGUCUAAGAAAGUGGCAGCCAGGGCAUUUCUCCAAUAUCUGGAAGAUUUGAUUCCUUCAGUCUUUUUUAGCCUUCGAAGUAAAGGAUUUUUCUAUGAUGAAGUCCAAAGAGAUAUUGAGAAAGGAUUCCUUCCAUAUGUGAUGGGCCGUGUAGAAUUUCGGCUGCAGAAGAAGCUUCUAGGAAGAAUAAUGACAGAUUGCUUAAUCAAUGAGGUCCUCAAAAAAAGAUUGGACAGUUAUGAGGAAAAUCAAUUACUACAAAAGUCUCCCCUGCAUAAAAUACCUCAAAUCCAGACACCAAUGGUGUUUUCUGGGAAUGCUGCUAUGCUUAAAAAGCCCUCUGAUUCAGAAGACCUUUGA